CGGUGGGAAAAACUUGCUGCAAGGCGCAGAGUUUGUAUUUGGAAAUGAAAAUUGUUUUGAUGAAUCUUGUUUAAUCCAAGUUUCUUGUUGUUCAUAAAAUGGAUGUGGAUAAUACAGGUUUCACCGAUUUACUACAGCAAGCAGAACAGCUUACUGCAGAUAUAGAUGGAGAAGGAGAGCUGCCAAGAGUAGAAAGGAAUUUGCGACAGAUAGUUGAUGCAGGACAGCAACUAUGGUCUCGUACAACACAAGCUGUCAGUAAGGAUACUUGUGAUAUUAAAGCUUCAAUUUUGCUGGGAAGUAAAGGCUAUGAUUUACCCAAAAUUUCUCAGAAAAUUGAAUCUUUGACUACCGCAAGAACUUUUGAGCCUAUUGAGCCCAUUCGUGAAACAGAUAUACAGGGUUUUUUAAAAAAUGAACGUGAAAAUGCUAUGUUGUCUGUCAUUGAAGAAUCUAAGAAAGCUACAUUUGAAAGAUCUGACAAAAUAUUUUGGGAAACUUUAGAAAGUGAGUGGGAACAAGAAAAAAUGAAAAUCCUAAAUGCAUUAGUUGGUCCUUCUCAAGAAUUGCUGGAUGUGACAUCAGAUUCUAAGUCCUUUUUAAGUGAAACUAUCAAUCUCAAAACCAGGAGUGCUAUGGAUAAUAUUGAAAUGCUAUAUGCUAAAGAGCUCUCUGCUUACAAUGAACAAGCUGUAAGAGGUGGAUCAAGAUGUAAUCUAGCUCAAAAAUUCCAUUCCCUCUUUAAAGACAUAGAUGAUAAGAAAGUGUUAGAAUUAUGGGAAAUGGUUGAAACCAUGACUGAUAUUCCUCUAAAAGCUGAUAAAGAUGUACUAGCUGCUCGUAAUUCUCUUCUUAUUCAGACAUCUCUUAUAAGACAAGCUCGACUUUAUUUAGAGAAAAAAUAUUUUGAAUACAUUCAAAGUAUAGUAUUUGGAAAUCUGUUACAAGCUGAGUUGGGUCCUAGACCUGGAGCAUAUUAUGCCAUUCGCAGUUUUCUGAAGAUGAAAAUGCCUUUACAACCUACUGGACUUGAGGAUGGAUUAAUUGAUGGAAAUCCUGUUUGGGCUGUCAUUUAUUAUUGUCUUCGUUGUGGGAAAAUAGAUGCUGCUGUUUCUGCUGCAAAAAAUGCUGGAGAUUGCCUUAGGGAUUUCCUACCAUUUCUUGUUGAAUAUGAAGAAAAUGAGGGUUCACGGUUAAAGCCCAAUAGUGAAAGCUUUAUUCAGUUACAGUAUAGAAGAGCUGUUAGAUCAAGUACUGACCCUUUCAAAAGAGCUGUUUAUUGUAUUCUUGGAUGUGUAACUGCUGAUAAUAAUCCUGAAGUUAUGGACAAAACUGAUGAUUACUUAUGGAUGAAACUGUGUCAGUUACGGCCUGAGGAAGAGGCUGGAAAUUCACCUCAAGAUGCUUUCACUUUUUCAAAGUUGCAAACGCAAUUACUGGAAGAAUAUGGAGAAACACAUUUUAACGCCUAUCAACAACCUUAUCUAUAUUUCCAAGUUCUUUUCCUUACUGCGCAGUUUGAAGCUGCAAUUGAAUUUCUAUUCCGAAUAGAAACGCUUCGUUGUCAUGCUGUGCAUGUUGCCAUAGUUUUAUAUGAAUUAAAUCUACUUGCUACAUCAACUAGCUGCAAUGCACCUUUAUUAUCUAAAGCAUCUGCUGAUAAGCCACCUAUGAGAAGGCUGAAUCUUUCUCGUCUUCUUAUGAUGUAUACCAAAAAAUUUGAAGUUACAGAUCCUCGUGAAGCUUUACAGUACUUUUACAUUUUGAGGGACUUGAAAAGUGGCCGAGGUGUAAAUCUGUUUAUGGCCUGUGUCAGUGAACUUGUUUUAGAAACAAAAGAAUAUGAAAUGCUACUUGGAAAAAUUGAACCUGAUGGAUGUAGAAAGCCUGGUGCUGUUGACAAAUUCCUCAGUGACACUCAAACUAUAAUAGAAAUAGUGGCCACUGACAGUGAGAACAAAGGCUUAUAUGAAGAUGCUAUCAAAUUAUACGAUCUUGCCAAGAAACAUGAUAAAGUCAUAGAAAUUUUGAACAAACUACUCAGUCAAGUAGUUCCACAAGUGAAUGUAGUUGGAUCCAAUCGACAAAGACUUGAAAAUGUGGCUUUAAGUAUUGCUGAAAGAUAUAGAAUGCAAGGUCACACUGCAAAUCCAGAAACCAUAGCUACAUUUUUCUUAUUAUUAGAUCUAAUGCAAUUUUUUAAUUACUACCACAAUAACCAGUAUGUUGAUGCCUUAGAUACCAUAAAAAGUUUGAAACUCUUACCAUUUGAUAAUCAGGAAGUAGAGCAGAAAGUUACAGUUUUCACAUCGUAUUCAGAAGAGGUGCGAAGAAAUUUCCCAGAUAUUUUGCUUGCAACUAUGAACAUUUUAUAUGCAGAACAUAAGAAAGCAAAACAAACUACUAACAUUGCUCAGAAUUCAAGAUGUAAGAAUGAAAAUAUCAGUCAAGAAAAACAUGUUAGUUAUCUGAGAUCCCAGGCCUCUGCUCUCAUUACAUUUGCUGGUAUGAUUCCUUAUCGUAUGCCUGGCGAUACCAAUGCCAGGCUUGUUCAGAUAGAAGUACUGAUGAUUUAAUGUCUGUAAAAAAUUUGUCAUAUUUAAUAAAUAUUUUUGUAAUGUUUUAA